UUUCAUUGAUAUAUGCGCAAGGUUUCCUGGCUCUUUUUUUGUUUUACAAUCGAAAUGGGAGGAGACGCUUACUGCUUCCGUGAAUUUCAGACUGGUAGCAGAAGACGAGAAGGGAUGAAUACUGACCCGAUGCAGAACCACAAUUCUGUUGAAACCCUUCCCGAGCAGCUAAAACGCAUGUACAACUUGCAAAACGGGUCAAAUGACGUCUCAUCCAUGCGUGGAAGUGUGUUUGAGGAUGCAGAUGCGGCUGCAAAUGGAUCAUUGCAUUCGAGUCAGUGGCCCCAGUCCUUAGAUAGGAGAGAUCUUGGCAGUUCAUCGAGCAACUGGAUUCGUCUGAAUGUUGGCGGCAAGAUCUUCCAAACAACUCGCGACACGCUUAUGAAAGUCCCUGGCUCUUUUCUUUAUCGCCUGUGUCAGGACGAUAAAAGACUACCGAGUGUCAAGGAUGAAACCGGUGCAUACCUAAUUGAUCGUGAUGCGGAUUACUUUUCACCCGUUCUUAACUACCUGAGACAUGGCCGACUCAUCAUUAAUCCGGGUCUUGCUGAGGAAGGAGUCCUCGAGGAAGCUGAAUUUUACAAUCUUCCUCAGCUCGUUCAUCUCGUCAACGAAAGAAUCCAUGAGAAAGAAAGAAGUGCCACUGAAGCUGGGAGAUUCAAAAGCGUUUAUCGCGUCAUACAAUGUCACGAAGAGGAGUUGACAACUUUCAUCUCAGCUACUAGCGAUGGGUGGAAAAUUGUUCAGGUUCUACCAGUACAAACCAAAUAUCAAGAUUACACUGUGGAUAGACAGCAAGAGUAUCUUUGCAUCGUAGUGAGGGAGUGCCCAGAUAAUGGUUCCGUCAGCGACAGCAGAGAUCGCGCCACACUGCUGCAACAAAAAGCAAGACAUAAUUGAACUUCUCAAAUACGCUAACUGCGUUAAUGCCGUUUACUCUUUCUACACACAAACAAAUAUGUUGUCGUCUGUAUGGCGAGUUCUUCUAGUAACUGCGAAUCAGCCUCGGAAUGCAUAUUGGGGUUAAGGUGUUUCCCCGAAAAAGUUUUAUUUAUCUUCUCUUUUUAUAAGUUUAUUUAUAACACAUCCUUUUAUUCCUUCUAACUUUCCAGUUAUUUUCUGGCAUAGCUGCUCAGAUCCUAUCAUGUCUUCUCGCUAUUCCACGGUUUCAAACUUCAAUCUCAUCCUAAUUUCAUGCCCACACAAUAACACAACUAUGCCCAUUAAUGGCUGUCCACUAGUCCAUUUUUAACAUAUAGAUUUGCUAUUUUAUUAGUUGAAGUUGUUAUCUCUGAGUAAUAACCAUAUUUGACCGCUGCAACUAAAUUUUGCAGCAAAUUUGCCAACUUCCUCUGAUUUUUAGCUUUUUACAAUCGCUGUCACCUUUGUUUGCUUUGAUCUCUUUUUAUUGCUGC